AUGCCCCAGUUGGUCGAGCCCGCUAAUCUACCUCCUGCUCCAUUUAAUGGAUCCACCUCGGUGUUCAGUAAUACUACAAUUCGUCAAACCCUGCAGGUUUCAUUAGCUGCACAAGAGAUUCGUAUUCGACUCUCUAAUGCAUUCGGCGCAAACGAUCUCAAGAUCUCCAAAGUGACCGUCGGCCUGCCGGAAAAACCGCAGGUAGGGACCAGUGGUCUACAGACAGAGACAGUGAAACCCGUAUCAUUCAAUGGAAGCCCAGAUGUGGAGAUCCCAACUGGUGGACUGGCUGCGUCAGACCCGAUAAAGUUCCCUGUGAAGGCCCAGUCGGUUCUCAUGAUCAACAUAUACCUCGAAGAGGGCCAGCAAGGCUUCUCUAUCACUGGUCAUCCUGGAAGUAGAACAAGUUCAUACCUCGCUUUUGGGGAUUGGACUGGCGCAAAGAACCUCACAGACUCAUCUUUUAAGAGCACAGAUCAUUGGUACCUAAUAAGUGGAGUCGAGGCUUUACUACCUUCCAAGUCUAGUGCAUUCGUAAUCAUUGGUGACAGUAUCACCGAUGGACGAGGAAGCACUACAAAUGGCAAUAAUCGUUGGCCGGAUCUGUUGCUAGCAAGAAUGCAAAAGCAUAGACCCACAUCAACCAUCGCCAUUCUCAACCAAGCCGCUGGUGGAAAUCGUAUCCUACAAGAUGGCCUAGGUCCAAACGUGAUCAGCCGUCUUGACCGUGACGUCCUAGCCCAAUCGGGUGUGCGAUAUGCGAUGAUCUUCGAAGGCGUCAAUGAUAUCGGUGUCGCUGCUAGUGAUACAGCCACACAGGCGGAGAUCGAGAAGAAACUCAAGGCGGCAUAUAAACAAAUCGCGACACGGGUGCAUGCCCUAGGCAUUCCGAUAUUUGGCGCCACUAUCCCACCGUUCGGCUCAUCACCGACGUCCGACUAUGAGCAACCUUACUCAAGCGUUGAGCGGGAGAAGACUCGUCAACAAAUCAACAAAUUCAUCCGGCAAAGUGGUGUAUUUGAUGAGGUACUGGACUUUGAUCGGGCAUUGAGGGAUCCGCAUGCACCGUCUCAGUUGCUGGAAAAAUAUGAUUCGGGAGACCAUCUCCAUCCUAAUGUGGCGGGGUAUCAGGCGUUGGCUGAUUAUUUCCCUCUUGGGGUAUUCGAGUGA